AUGGGUACAGUUACAAAGAAGAACAAGGAAAAAAGACAAGCAGAGAUGGAAAAGAUUAGAAAUUAUGCAGAGAAAUACCCUCUUGUUGCUGUGAUCGAAAACCCAGGGAUACCUAAUGUUAUACUCAAGAAGAUCAGGGAGGACUUUAAGGGGACGUCUAAGAUUCUGUUUACAAGAAAGAAGAUGGCAAGUGCUGUGUAUAACAUGCCUUCGAUGCCUGCAGAUUCUUUUUUCCUGAUGUUCGGAGAUGAAGGUGCUAUUGAAAAGGCAAAAUCGUAUGAGUACGAGGACUUUCUUGAAGAGAACGACAUCUGUCCUUCCCGUGUUGUUAUAGAAAAGCAGGUGGUAAGGAACAAGGAGAUGAUUGAGAUUUUGCCUGUGACCAUGAAAGAUGAGAAGAUGCAACUAAACGAGGAUUAUGUCGUUUGUGAAGCAGGGGAAACUGUCGAUGAAAGGAAGGCAAAGAUCUUGAAAUUCUUUGGAAAGAGGCUGAAAAAGAAGAAUUUAGUUGUGUUUGAUAUUGCAUCAACUUCAACCCUUUUGAAGUCCAAGAACGAUUAA